AUGGAUCCGCAGGCCGGGUCAGUAUCUUCUGCUAACAACUCCGAGAAUACAGCUGACAACUUUAGCCCACUGAGCAUGCUUCCCCCUGAAUGUCUCGUGAAUGUCCUUGACAACCUUGACACUGCCGACAACCUGGCCGUCUCGAAUGUAUCCAGAGAUCUGCGCAAAUGGGCAAAACCUCUCGUCUUCCGGGACAUUCUCUGGACAUACGCGGCCACGCCUCUCCGACGAGUACUCCUGCUUCUAGAACAGAUCUUCCUGAAUCCGCAAUUUGCAGGGUAUGUCAAGCACCUCCAGCUCACUUACAUCGGACCGGCCUGGGUUCUGCCUGAUCCAGAUAUUGACUUUCCACAGCAGGCCACGAGAUUUGCCUAUGUUACGGAAAAGGCAAUCGAGUUCGUCAGGCAGAUCGGGCUUUUCGACACUGAGGGUUACGCGGCGUUGCUCCGACAGGGUAAUUACUACGCGUAUGCAACGGUUCUGAUCUUCCAGCUGCAUAACCUGCGAAGCUUGGAGUUGGACUAUACGUACACUCUGAUCGGUGGCUUCCCCGGUCUGUUCCUUCAACACGCCCUCCGCUCUUCGUUCGAAGGUAUUUCCAGAUUCAAUAGGCUGGAGAUCCUGAAGUACGGCGGCGACGUUCCCCAGGCUGAGAAACUCGACGAUGAGGCGGAGGAAGCGGUGGCAGUUAUUCCGCUACUCGGGAACAAGUAUCAGUUUGCUUCCUGGUUCGCCCUGCCUAAGCUGAAACACGUGGAGAUGUGGCUUAGAAGUGCCUUCGGGUUUGAUGAAUACAAGGAUCGACUGGAGUCCGGCGAGCUCGAAAGCCUGGUUUUGGCUAGGUCAAGCGUAGAUGCUGCCGGUAUCAAGGAAAUACUCUCCGCCUGUCCGAAUCUCCGGAGGCUGCACCUGGGAGUCUGCUACAACUUGGUCUCGCAGCUAGUCCUCUUCGACAGUAAGGAGUUGGCUGAAGCGUUAAGGCCAUUGAAAGAUCGCCUAGAGACACUCUCAAUAGGUCUCGAGACUGACCCAAGCUUCAUUGGCGGAUUUAGCUGGGACCAGGACAAUAACUUUGGCAGCACGCUGACAGAUCCCUUCCUGAUGCUGUUCAGUGAGUUCACGAAGGUUCAGGAGCUCGAAGUCCCAAUGCCGCUUUUACUGGGAUGGUUUUCGAACGAGAACUGGGCGGAUUUCCACAAGUACCUGCCGCCAAAGAUACAGCGCUUGGUAAUGCGGAAUGAUCUCUCGGGGUUCGACAACUACGCAUGGGAUCCUUACGGGAUGGUCUUUGCUGUCGACCAGCGUGUUGUUGAGACAAAGAAACGGAUGCCUAGCUUGGAACGGGUUACGCUUCGAGUCUGGGCGACGAACCCUCGACGGCCAAAUGAGGAGUUCCUGGCUGAAGCGGCUGAUAUGGCCCAGUCUGUUGGGAUACAGUGUGACUCUGUUGUUGACGAGCUUGGCUCGGGGCUUUGGGUCGCCAGCGCUACCUAA